AUGACCACCUUCAGGGACGUCUUGGCACAACUCAGGGCUGCUGACCUCGCGCACCUGGCUCCUCGAUUUGUGGAUCAAGGCGUCCGCAACACCGACCAGAUGAACGGCCGCCCGUGGACGACGAGAGCUACCUACAGUGGCAUCAUUGACGAGGGGGCCAUCGCCUCCAGCCUCAAAAACGGCAGAUACCGCUCACCGGCCCAAGUCUUCAGCGUGGCUCGACAACAACAUGUCUCGCGCGCAGGGCAACACUUGGGCGCCGAUAUCGAGCAACAGAUCAAGUUGUCCAUCCGCAGCAUCGAGAGAGGCUUGGGACCUUCCACGCUCAAGGAAGCAUUCAUCGUCGAGGACCUUGCAGCCACCACAGAUAGCACGAUGCAUCCGGCACCUCUACCACAGAACACUGGGCGGAUUGCAUCUACGACUGUGUCCUCGUUUUCCAACGUGUGGUUCGAGACAACAGCUUUCGGCAAGAUGGCGUUCUUCACACUACCGUGCCACAAGACCGACAUGUGCAUUUCCAGGUCACAUCCGUAUACUUGCUCGGACAACUUGGCAGCCCUGUGCCCUUAUCAUUCCUUGGAGGCCUUCAUCCGGCGCAACCACAUCCCAGGGACUCCCAGGAGCGACGAGUUCCUGUUUUUAUGGACGACAAGGAGGGCCCAUCAGUCACCAGGAGGCCAUCGAAGUGUUCAGGAAGGCGAUUGCAACCACGGGGGCCGAGCUCCCGACCUGGACCUCAAGGACAACUUCUUCAACGCUUCAACGAACAUGUCUGCAGAGUAUCUGGAUCUCAGUUCCUCACUCGGCUCUUCGGCGAGGGUAUCCAUCAACCGGACACCGACGCAACGGACAGUGUGCACGAUGGUCAAGAAGUACCUGGACACCAUCACCAGCAAGUUUUGGGUGAAGAACACUUCCACCAACACGGUCCGCGUAUCUGGCGCCCCCGAAUUCUCCACCGAGAACAUCCAUUGGCGCAUCUUAUGCGGCUGGACACACGGGUCGGCGCCACACACCAAGUUCUGGUCCAUCCUGGAGGGCAACCAGUGCCAGAAAUGUUUCCGCGUGCAGGAGAACCAGGCCAUCACCGAUGCCAACAGCGACGAGGACAACAUCUGGAACUUUUCGGCCGGAUCCUCUGUAGACAGCAAGCAGCCCAACAUGGUGGCAGCGGAUACCGGCCUCACCGCAGCAGCUACGGAGGCAGGGAUCGACCUGGCCACCGACCCCGUGUUGAAGUACUUGCGCGCCAUCAAGAUAACCGCCUCUAGUGCGAUCUCCGUCUACUUCCAGGACGACACAGGUUACCGACUUGGUCAAGAAGCUCGAAAAGGGAAGAUCACCUACAAGGGCAACGACUACGACCUCAGCGGCGAGGACGUCAACACAGUCACAGCGCAAUGGAAAGUCCUCUACGCUGAGAUUCGGGCCCAAUACCAGAAACGACUAUCUGCGACGACUACAUCUGGUACGUCUACGACCCCGGCUCCUACUGCAACCUCUACCCCCGCAGACAAGGACACCGUCCCCAAGACUCUCCCGCCAGGCGUGUACACACAGCUCAUCAAGGAUUACAACAAUUUUACACUCGAUGGAGAAAAGCGCAGCUUCCCCGAGAAGAUCCUCCUUGGUGCAGACAAAGUGUUGGCUCGCAUGUGUCAUGAACACCACACAUCUAAACAUUACACCGCAGUGACGCUGGGCGAGAUCAUGUCGCCGCCUGUCUUCACAUCGUUGGGGACGGUCAACUCCAAUCGGAAGAAGGACGACCUCGACAAGCGCCUCAUCGUGGACAACAAACAACAGCUCGUGACCAAGGAGCCACCAGAUUGGGACGUACGUGGCGCAUCAAUGAUGCAGGAUGGCAUCGAAGCAGUUAAGUGGGCGUGGAUCCUCAUUGUUGUUGCUGCGCGUGGUCGGCGAGGGGGUCACGGGACACACCGCGUCACAGACCUUGCCAGCAACUUCACACGCAACCUUUCCAUCGUGCGCUUCAGCUUCUUCGAUGGCAUAGGAGCAGCCAGCCUUGCCUUGCAGUCGUUGGGCAUUCAACCAGUGCUCAUCAUCAGUUGGGAGACAGAUCAGGAGUGCAUAUCCGUGCUGGACGCACACUUCGCCCCCAUACGCACGGGUGACGUCGACAACUUCGACAUCGAGAACCUGGUGGAUACGCUGUUGGACAACCUCGACCCCGACGUACCAAUAAGGCUCUUGAUCACAGGGGGACCACCUUGUCCCGAUUUUUCCAGCAUCAGAUCCAACCCCGCCGGCGCACCAGGCGCCACGGGACAUCUCUUCCAACGAUUCGUGGACAUCAUACAGCAGAUCAAACAGGUGCUACAGCAAUUGCCCAUCCGCAUCCUCAUCGAGAAUGUCGUUCCACAAUCACCGCCCCCUUGUGCUUUGAAAUGGGACGUUACCAGCUUGUCACAACAAUUGGGGAUCGAACCAAUCAUCGUGGACGCGGAGGACGGAGGCAUUAUACAUCGGAAGCCAGUGGACUGGAAGAAGGUCAAGACACAACUGACGACACACACGCCGUGGUCCUUGCGUUGGCUACGGACCGACGCCCAGUGGCAACGCCUCCACAACCCAAUCGCACAGUCGUUGCAACCGCAGCUGGACACCACCCAGUUCACGGCUCCGGCCAUAGUGCAGAAGUCCGGUUUGUUCCAUUGCCUCACUACACCAGCCCCGGACCAGUUUGGCAGACCAGCUCCACAACAUUGCAACGAGAAACCAGACACGAUCAGCAGGUGGCAAUCGGACAACCAGCGUUUCGCGCCGUAUCCGACCAACGUGGACAAGCCCACCUAG